GGCCCAAUAGGAUUGAACAUCUCUGUUUCGUCCAAAAGAGGGAGUCAAGUUUCUUAUGCAGCAGUUUUGCCCACUUUCACAACACAACUCCAGAGCGUACUGACCGGAGAGAGAAAGGGGGGUGAGAAAUAUUGUCUGACGACUGUUUUCUCUCACAGUGGAUACGGAGACUCAUAGGCUCAUAGCCUGUCUGCUGUGGGAGCGUCAGUCCGUGGGUCAGUUUGCCCUUGAGCCCUCACCUCACAGCUUUGCUGUCUGUUUGCUGCAGCAGAAGAGCAAUCGGGUGCAUGAUCUCAAAGGAGCUCCCAUUUUUUUCACACCUGGAUUAACCCAAGGCGACGUUUUCUUUACCUUCCUCUUCCUUUUGCUUUCUCGUUAUUAUUAUUAUUAUUUUUGCAACGGAGAAACUCGGACAGAAUGUUGUGGAAACUAGCUGACAACGUAAAAUAUGAAGAAGACUGUGAGGAAAGGCAUGACGGCACCAGCAAUGGGAACCCCCGGCUGCCUCACCUGCCAGCGGUCAGUCAGCACCUCUACAGCCCGUCUCCUUCCCUCUCACACUCGGCUGGUUCAGACUUCCAGCCCCCGUACUUUCCACCUCCGUACCAGCCCAUCUCCUAUCCCCAGUCCACCGACCCAUACUCCCAUCUCAGCGACCCGUUCAAUAUCAACUCCAUACACCAGUCGCCUUCGUCGAACCAGCAGCAGCCGUCCUGGCCCGGCCGGCAAGGCCAGGAGGGACUCGGGAGGAGCGGACUGGCGAGUCAAAUCAUGGGCCUCGAGGGAGGCUCGUCCGGGGUGAGGAGAGAGGGGUUCCGGCGGCCGGAGCUGCUACCCCCGCACAGCCUGGACUCUUCUGUUAUUGGUGAUAAUAUGGGAAUUCAUGACAUGGGCCCUGGACUGGAAGACGUUCAGCAUGUAGAUGACCACAUUAUUAUGCCAGAUCAGACAGUCAUCAAAAAAGUAUUAGGACUACGAGGUGGCAGGAACCUUGAUCGCAUACAGAGGACUUAUUAUCAGGGGGGCUUUCUUGCUGGCCCUGUCACAUUACCGAAAGGCAACACGCUGGGCCUUCCCUUCCAGAAAGAGUCACUGUUGGGCAUGGUAUCAAACCCCACAGAGGUGUUCUGCUCCGUACCGGGCCGUCUAUCCUUGUUGAGCUCCACAUCCAAGUACAAGGUUACUGUGGCUGAAGUCCAGAGGCGUUUGUCACCCCCGGAGUGCCUGAACGCAUCACUCCUGGGAGGAGUUUUACGCAGAGCCAAGUCAAAAAAUGGAGGUCGUUCUCUGCGAGAGAAGCUGGAUAAAAUUGGGCUUAAUUUGCCUGCUGGAAGGAGGAAGGCAGCCAAUGUCACUCUACUUACCUCACUUGUAGAAGGUGAAGCUGUUCAUUUAGCAAGAGACUUUGGUUAUGUAUGCGAGACUGAGUUUCCUGCAAAGGCAAUAGCUGAAUACUUGGGCAGGCCCCAUGUGGAGCGCAACGAGGUCAACUCUCGCAAGAACAUGCUCCUCGCUGCUAAGCAAAUCUGCAAAGAAUUUACUGACCUGCUCACACAGGACCGGUCACCGUUAGGAAACUCAAGGCCGGCGCCCAUCUUGGAGCCUGGAAUCCAGGGCUGCCUGACUCAUUUCAGCCUCAUCACUCAUGGAUUUGGUUCUCCAGCCAUCUGCGCUGCAAUGACCUCCCUCCAGAACUACCUAAAUGAGGCGCUCAAACAAGUGGACAAGAUGUACUUGAGUUCUGGCAGUGAAACGCAGGGAUCCUCGGAGAGCGGGAGCAAGUCCACUGACAAAAUGGACAAGCACAGGAAAUGAGAGCUCAAAAGGAGAAAACCUGAAUUUCACAAUCGCAGAAUACACUCAUUCUUGCUGCCCUCUCCCUGUUUUGGACUUUUUGAAACUUAUCUUUAGUAUUACCAUUUUGAGAGCUUAUUUUGUAUGUGGAUGUGUAUGUGUGCUUCCGAUGUAAAUGUAUAUUUCUACAAAACUUUGGAUUUGUCACAGAUGGCUACACAUCGGUAAGUGCUGACUUCAAAUAGGGAAUUCUGUGGACUCGGCUUUUUGGGAGCUGCUUCUGUGAUGGUUAAACAUACCAUCAAAUAAUAGCAAUGCAGUUCCAUACAAUCUCAACUCAACUACAGUUUUAUUAAAAGGGGAUGGGAACAAGUGCAUUCAGUUUUUUUUUUUCUUCUUGUGGACAUCAUUUUAAGAUGAGUUGCAAUGGCUGUGAAUUCCUCUUAGCACCCCUCUCCCUGCCCGAAACCUUCAGUCUGGAGGCAAAUCCACUGAUUUCCUGUGUCUCAAUGGACCUGCAAAGGACAAUUUUUAAGUGCGCGUGUGUGUUUAUGUGUGAGAGACAGACAGAAAGGAAGAGACAUAACGAAAGAGUGAGAUGCAACAAUACACUCUGUUUUCUUUGGGGUUUUUUUUAUUAUUGUUUUGUACAUCCCGUUCUGACUCCAGUGUUAUCAUGCUUUGUUUAAUGGGAGACAAUUCAAGUCUGGCAAUAAUUUUUCAGUCAGUGCUCAUUCACACACCAGAGACUUUAAAGAUGCUGCAAAAUACUCGUGUUUGUGUGGAAGACAGACAUUCACAUAAUUUUGUUCUCCAAUAUUGGUGUUUGAAAGCAUGAGGUAACAUCAGCCAAACAACAUUUUUACUAUGAAUGCGUGUCGUAAGAAUGUGUGUACUUGUACAUUUUUCUUUCUUUUAAAAUGUUUUUAACUAGACAUUAAAUUCAAAAUGUCAAAACAUAGAAUUUUAUUCAAUUUGUUGUCCUGGAAUGUAAAUAUAUAUUUUUUAAUUUAUGUCAUAAUUUAAUGGGUUUGUGUAAAUAAUAGCAUCACUGAGGUAUAUGGUCUAACUUUUUACAAGAUGUGUUAGAAACUUUCUAAAAUGGGUUAGAUUUUCUUUCCUCAAGUAGAGUUUAGGAAAUGGGCAUGAUUUGCCUUUUUUUUGUUAAAGAUGUAAAAAAAAAAAAAAAAAAAAAAAAAAUGUUUCAAAGUUCCAGGAUCAAAUACAAAUAAAAAAUGAAAGCCUGAAGCCAGAUCCGGUGUGCAAGUGAUGUUGCCCAGAUCACAGAAACACACAUUUCCUUUUUUAUGGCCUACUUUUUUCAGCGAUAGUUCACAGAAAAUGGUUAAGUCAUGUGUUGGAAGAUUUCCUUGUAGAUAAACAGCCAAAGAAAAUUCCCCCUACUAAAGUAAUACGAACAGUAGUCAUCAUUAUUUGCUCUCAGUCAGCUUCACAAAUAGGCUGUGUAGCUCAUUGAAGGCGUAGACCUCAACAGCGCAUCAUGUGAGGGACAAAGAUGUGUUGUGGAGAGCAGGCAAAUGACUUGUUUAUUUUUGAACUAAGAAAAUGGUUGAUGGUGAUUUUAUUUGAAAUAUUCUUGGUUUCUUGUUGCUCAGGUGGUUCGGCUCCCAUGUUAAUCUGGAUUUCAAAAGUUACUUUUAAAGAACGGUCCUCAUUCUUAACAACUUUAAUUUAUUUCAGUAAAUUAAAGUAUAUUGGCAUGAAUUUUAUAAAUUGUGUUACAUGAGACAAAAAGCAUAGACAAUGGUGUACAGGUUCAUCUUAAUACUUUAGAAUGUUGUUCACAGUUUUUUUAAAUUACUUCAGUAAUUCAAUUCAAAAACAGAAUUUUUGAAUACAUAUAAAUAAACUGCAUAAAUUGAAACUGAAAACAGACUAAAAUAAUCAAAGUGUGUAUUUUAUGUUAUUUUUUAUAAUUACAAAACACACCAAAUAAAACUUCAAAUUUUCUUUCUGAAAAUUAUUUUUUACACAACAUUCGGCUCAAAAACAUAAUGCGAGUCUAGUGAAAAGUAUGUCUAUGUAACGUGCAUGGUCAAGGCUCCUCAUCCAUGUGUCAAAACAAUUUUUUCUUUAGUAGUGCUUAUGCCUAUUGCUUGUCUAGCUUUUUUUCCUUUCCCCAAACUACCAAUUAUGGAUGCAUCAUUUAUUAAUGGAUCAUGACAUAACAUUUGUGCAAUAAAAAUAAUUAUGUAAUUGGUAUUAUUCAAAAACAAAUAUUGAAAUGUCUGAAACAAAAAUUUGUGCCAAGUUGAAGGCCGCAAUUAUCCAAAUUAACAGAAUAGAAUGCUUGAAAUAAAACUCAACGCAAUAAAUUUUUAUAACGUCCUUUAACUUCUUGAAUUGAAUUACUGAAAUAAACAACUCAUUGCAAUGAUACUGUAAUUAUUGAGAUGCACUGUCUCUAAAAUCACGUCAGCUGCAACUUUACUGGUUACAUUGCAUAAGUUCAUUCUUUGUGUUACAUGUUGCUUUUUAUGCAAAAAUCUAAACUAAAGCAACAUAAAAAUAUCUGAUACUUCAGCCACAUGUUGCAAAAAAGGUUUGCAAUGUUGAAGGUUUUCCUGAGUUACAGUUUUAAGAUGCAACAAAUAUGUUGUCAAGCUAAUGUGGAGCCUCUCCUUUUCUACUCUGUUUCAGUCUACUGCUACAAGUUUCCCCAUACUGCUGAGAGCACCUUUGAAGUCUGUGAGAGACUGAUGAAAAACUGUUGACAAGCUUGCAUAGGAAACAAGGUUGCUUAAUCAUCACUUGCCCAGCCAGUCCACAUUGAACUAUAUUGACUGUCUCUAUGUAUAUCAGGAGUAGUUUGAUAAAUAUCAGUGACAGAUGCAAAGUGGGCAGACUUCUAAAAUUGAUUUCAGUAGGUGCUGCAACAAGGAAAAGUUGAACAUCUAAGACAGAAUGCAUGUGAUCUGUUACUGUAUUUAUUCCUACUCUAUGAAUGAUACCAAUGCAGUAGUGAUAGAAGAAAAGCAUUUUGCAGUUAAUUUAAAGAGCUAUUUUUAAAUUAUAUUACUUUUAUUUUUGCAAUGUUAUCAUUUUUAUCUACUUUUCUCAGAAGUAUGUCCAUGGAGGUCAGUAGGAGAAACCAAUCUACAAAAAGCAUGUUACACAGUAAAGAAGAAGCAGCAGUUGCACUUAGCUGCAGAUCCCUUGCAGUAAGACAAGUAUCAGCCUCUCCCCUCAGAAACCAGUCUAACCAGACCUGUCAACCUGAACCCAGUGGCUCAAAGCCCUCACAGCAGUUGACUUUAACUGCCUUCAGUUAUUCAUGUUAUGCCGUAUGCAUGGGCCUGAAAGAGUAGAUAAUUGCAGGGAGAGCAGAUGAUGGUGCAAGCUAUAAGCAGAAGAAGAAAAAAGCAGGACUGUUUGAGUAUCUGUGAUAAAUGUCUGAACACAAGUUGAGUUAACACCUCCCUAAGUCAAAAUGUCUGAUUGAACAGACAGAACUGAUUGUUCACUUUCUUAUUAGUUGUCUUUCAGACUGUCACUCAGUCACAUAAGAGAGUUUUUGUUUUGGAAGACACACAAAUUCCAUUCAUUUUUAUCGUCUAUUGUCUGCAAAGACAAUCUUCUAUGGGCAAGUUUGAUAGAAGAUCAAAGAUUGGCAGCUGUAGCCAAAGCUGGCUGGAACUGCCAAAGGAGCAGCCAAGGUACACAGUUAAAACCUUAGGAACAUUGCCACCAAGUAAAAAAAGUUUUAGCUACAAACUGUGAGUGCACCUGUUUUCCAUGUGUCAUCCUUUUCCGUGUGAUUUCUAAAACUUUGGCAAUAUAAAAACUGGUCAAACUCUAAACUGUGAGCAAGGGUGAGCAAUUCCCAUAUGACACACCUAAGGUAGCUGGGAACUGGAGACAAGCAUGAGCUUGUUGAUCUCAUUCACCACUUCUUCUUCUAAGAACAAAGAGAGGGACUCAGAAACCUCCUUAAUUGGAUAUAUAACUGACAUGCUAAUGUAAUUUUUACAUUUCAUUAUUAAAGCCUUGGGGUACUUGUCAACUCCAGCUUCACUGAACUGUAGCUGUAGUUCAAGUUAGCUCUGACUGCAUGACCUUUUAAUGUAGGUCAUGGCAAGUCACGUGACGAAGCUCAAAGGACAGAGAAGAAAUGUGCCAAAAUGGGAAUAACUUGAUGUCAUGUCUAAUUUUUUUUAUUUUUUAUUUUACCACAUGAUCUUGUGUUUCACUAAACAUUUUUCAUUGUUUUCAAUCAUCUCCGAGCAGAGAAACACAUAGAAAGAAUUCUGUGUCAAUGCUCUUUUCCUCUUUCUUUUUGUAAUAAUUUCAAAAGAUUUGGCCCAAACAUUCACAGAUACUUUGCUGUUAACUGUUACCCUUCUCUGUUCAGUCAACCACUUCGUCUCAAGAAAUGUGUUUGAAAUCUGUAAUGCAUUAAGGCUCGUUUGCAGUCAGACUAAUCGCUCGCUUGCAGUUCCCAACCACCGAAACCACUUUAUGAGUUAAACUAUGGUCCUAACAUCCCAAGUCAUAAACGACAAGUCAGAAAGAUGACGGUAGUACAUUCUUAUCUGUAAAUCACCAGUGGCUUUAAGCUUGCUCUUGGCUCUGUGAAGAUAGGCAGCGGGUGGUGAUUUCAUGAGAAAAAUGGCUGUUUGUAUCUCUAGAUAGCUUUUGCUUGCAUCACAAAAUAUAAUUAAAAAAUUUACUAGUGUAGUCAGUGUUUGGAAUUUAAUGCAUUUUGGUCAGUAAUGGAAAUAGGCAAGCUAAAAAUAUUUGACCUGUUAAUAAUUUUGUUUAAAUUAAAAUUUGUGCAAUUAGGGGUAACAUAAUUAUUUUUAUAAUUUAUAUAAUGAACGUUUGAUAAAAACAUCCAUCCGUGCAUCCUUCUAUUGCCUAUACCUGCUUUUCUUUGUAGGGUCACUGAGUUGUGAGUCCAUCAACGGGCAACACACACUCACUCGUAGCUAAAAGCAACGUAGAAAGACCAAAUGCCAGAUAUAUUUUUGGAUAGUGGGAGGAAGUCAGAGUACCUGGAGAGAACCCACACAUGGAGAACAUGCAAAUACAUAGAGGAAAACAGAAUAGGGCAAAGGGGUUACCAACUGUGUCCAUGUUCAACCAAAAUUACAGUUUUUCUGUUGUUAAUUUAAUUUUGAAGUUUUUCAAACCACAAUUGAAAAUUGUUGCUGAUUUCUGUGUGAAGCUCUGGAAUUGUAAUUUGUUAUGUAUGUUUUUUAUGAAGUACAUCAGACACUUCUCAUGCUGUACUUGAGCCAUUCAUUGUUAUAAAGGAAAUUGCAAAUUUGUGGUUCUGUACAGGAACUGUGAAUAAACUUAGGUAUGUGUUAAAAAUAGGAUAUUCAGGAGUGUGUGUUCUAAAGAGUAACAAAAUUUGCAUUAUGUUAUCUGUGUGCAGUGGUGAAGAGAAAUAAACAAUAUGAUUUCCA